AUGGCACAUAACUAUGAGGUUGGGACGAGGGCCUGGCAACCAGAUGCAACUGAGGGCUGGGUAGCCUCCGAGGUGAAAGAGAAGCUGGUUGAUGGCGACAAAGUUAAGCUUGUUUUUGUGCUGGAGAAUGGCGAGACCAAAGAAAUAGAAACCACGCAAGCCGAAUUGCAAGUGGAUAAUAAUUCCAACCUACCGCCGUUAAUGAACCCUGCUAUGCUUGAAGCGAGUGAGGAUCUUACGAAUCUCUCCCAUUUGAAUGAACCUGCUGUCUUGCAAGCUAUAAAAUUACGUUAUGCGCAAAAGGAAAUAUAUACCUACAGUGGCAUUGUUCUUAUUGCGACCAACCCAUUCGCCCGUGUCGAUUCACUAUAUGUGCCACAGAUGGUCCAAGUAUAUGCCGGGAAGCACCGCGCAUCGCAGGCUCCACAUCUAUUUGCUAUCGCAGAAGAGGCAUUUGGGGAUAUGUUACGCGAUGGACAGAACCAAACAAUCGUGGUUUCAGGCGAAUCUGGAGCAGGGAAAACAGUGAGCGCAAAAUAUAUCAUGCGGUAUUUUGCGACUCGCGAGUCUUCCGACCAGCCUGGAAAAUAUACUACCAGUAGAGCCGAUGCAAUCAGCGAAACUGAAGAACAGAUCUUAGCGACAAACCCGGUUAUGGAAGCUUUUGGAAAUGCGAAAACUACACGUAAUGACAAUUCAUCCCGCUUCGGGAAAUAUAUCGAGAUUAUGUUCGACGACAAGACCAAUAUUGUUGGUGCCAAAAUACGAACCUAUCUGCUUGAGAGGUCCCGCCUUGUCUUUCAACCUCUUAAGGAGCGCAACUAUCAUAUUUUUUACCAGCUUGUGGCCGGAGCUACCGAUCUAGAAAGGAGUGAACUCGGCCUUGCUUCGGUUGAAGAUUUCGAUUAUCUCAACCAAGGCGGAACUCCAAUCAUUGAUGGAGUUGACGACAAGGCGGAAUUUAUUGCAACAAAAAAGUCCUUAGGAACUAUUGGUGUACCUGAGAAGACGCAAUCAGAAAUCUUCCGUAUUCUCGCGGCCUUGCUUCAUCUGGGAAAUGUUAAGAUUACCGCAACGAGAACCGACUCGGCCCUUUCGUCUUCUGAACCAUCGCUUGCCCGAGCAUGCGACAUACUUGGUAUUGACGCUAAUGAAUUUGCCAAGUGGAUAGUCAAGAAACAGUUAAUCACAAGAGGGGAAAAAAUUACUUCCAACUUGACGCAACAACAGGCAAUCGUCGUUCGGGACUCCGUCGCCAAAUUCAUUUAUUCUAGCCUCUUCGAUUGGCUUGUCGACAAAAUCAAUCGUGGUCUCGCAACAGAUGAAGUCCUGAACAAGUUCAAGUCGUUCAUUGGUGUUUUGGAUAUUUACGGAUUCGAGCAUUUCGCCAAGAAUUCAUUUGAACAAUUUUGCAUCAACUAUGCAAAUGAAAAAUUGCAACAGGAAUUUAAUCAACACGUCUUCAAGCUCGAGCAAGAAGAAUAUGUGCGAGAGCAGAUAGACUGGACCUUUAUCGACUUCUCAGACAAUCAACCAUGCAUUGACCUCAUCGAGGCAAAGUUGGGGAUCUUAUCCCUUCUGGACGAAGAAUCUAGACUACCUAUGGGCUCUGAUGAACAAUUUGUGACCAAGCUCCAUCACAACUUCGCAGCUGAUAAACAGAAAUUUUACAAGAAGCCUAGGUUUGGGAAAUCAGCGUUCACAAUUUGUCACUAUGCUGUUGAUGUGACUUACGAGUCGGAUGGCUUUAUUGAGAAAAACCGUGAUACUGUUCCAGAUGAACAUAUGGAAAUCUUGCGCAAUUCCUCCAAUGACUUUGUGAAAGAAAUAUUGGAUACUGCUGCCUCUGUGCGCGAAAAGGAUUCGGCGGCGGUCUCAUCCAAACCAGUCACUGCCCCAGGCCGCAAAAUUGGAGUCGCAAUUAACCGCAAGCCAACACUGGGCGGGAUCUUCAAAUCGUCAUUGAUUGAACUCAUGAGUACUAUCAAUUCCACCGACGUGCACUAUAUUAGAUGCAUUAAGCCCAACGAAGCGAAGGAGGCUUGGAUGUUCGAAGGGCCGAUGGUGCUGAACCAACUGAGGGCUUGUGGAGUCUUGGAAACCGUCCGCAUCAGUACGGCCGGAUAUCCUACUCGAUGGACCUACGAGGAGUUCGCUAUCCGCUAUUACAUGCUUUGCCAUUCGUCUCAAUGGACGUCGGAGAUCAAGGAUAUGUGCCAUGCCAUUCUGCGGAAGGCCCUUGGUGACGCUACACAGCAAAAGCACGACAAAUAUCAGCUAGGCCUGAGCAAAAUAUUCUUCCGGGCUGGUAUGCUCGCGUUUUUGGAGAACCUUCGGACUUCGAGGCUAAACGAAUGCGCGAUAAUGAUACAAAAGAAUUUGCGCUGUAAAUACUACCGGCGCAGAUAUCUCGAGGCGCGUUUGUCCGUCCUUGCCACCCAAUCUCUUGUGAGAGGUUUUCUUUCUAGACAACACGCAGCGGAUAUACGUCGGGUUAAAGCUGCGACGAAUAUCCAAAGGGUUUGGAGGGGUCAGAAGGAAAGAAGGACAUACAAUCAGAUUCGCAAUAACGUCAUCCUUCUUCAAUCGCUAUCGAAAGGUUUCCUUUGUCGACAGAAUAUUCUCGACUCGAUUCACGGUAACGCGGCAAAGGUCAUUCAACGUUCCUUCCGUUCCUGGCGGCAACUGCGUGCGUGGCGACAGUAUCGCCGGCAGGUGGUGAUUGUCCAGAAUCUCUGGCGGGGCAAACAAGCGAGACAGGAGUACAAGACACUCAGAGAGGAGGCCAGAGAUCUGAAGCAGAUUUCGUAUAAGUUGGAAAAUAAGGUGGUUGAGCUAACUCAGUACCUGGAAUCUUUGAAACGGGAGAAUAAGUCUCUCAAUUCUCAACUCGAAAAUUAUGAGACUCAGUUGAAAUCUUGGAGGAGUCGACAUAAUGCAUUGGAAAAUCGGUCGCGAGAACUUCAAGCUGAGGCCAAUCAAGCCGGCAUCACAGCUGCUCGGCUGACGGCGUUGGAGGAGGAAAUGAACACCUUACAGCAAAACCAUACCGAUGCUCAGACAACUAUCAAGCGUUUGCAGGAAGAAGAGAGGGUUUCUCGCGAAUCAAUACGGUCCGCGAAUCAGGAACUUGAGAAGCUCAAGCAAUUGAACGCCGAGGCUGAGAGCGAGAAAUCUUCGCUUCGCCAACAAGUUAUUGACCUUGAGGAACAACUUGAGGUUGCGAAAAGGACCAUUCCAAUUCAAGCAACAAAUGGAGAUCAGCAGAACGGCGGGGCUAUGCCACCGCCUGCAAAUGGCCUUAUUAACUUGGUUUCCUCGAAGAAAACGAAACCCAAGCGACGCAGCGCGGGCGCUGAGAGGAUCGAUACAGAUCGGUUUAGUGGAGCAUACAACCCUCGACCUGUAUCGAUGGCAGUCCCAAGUGCAUUAGGCCGCCAGAAUCAUUCCGCUGCCGCGCUCUCGGGUCUUGACUCCGUGGAGGCAGAACUCGAAACUUUACUUUCUGAAGAGGAGGACCUUAACGAGGAAGUGACAAUAGGUCUGAUUCGCAACCUCAAGAUUCCAGCGCCCAAUUCUACUCCUCCGCCCACCGAGAAAGAGGUCCUGUUCCCUGCGUAUCUUAUUAAUCUCGUUACAUCUGAAAUGUGGAAUAACGGCUUUGUCAAAGAGUCUGAGCGCUUUUUGGCCAAUGUCAUGCAGUCAAUACAACAGGAGGUCAUGCAACAUGACGGUGAGGAUACCAUUAGCCCAGGUGCCUUCUGGCUUUCCAAUGUGCAUGAGAUGCUUUCAUUCGUCUUUUUGGCCGAAGAUUGGUACGAAGCGCAGAAAACUGACAACUACGAGUAUGACCGUCUCUUGGAGAUCGUCAAACACGAUUUGGAGAAUUUGGAAUUUAACAUUUAUCAUACCUGGAUGAAGUUGCUUAAGAAGAAGCUCUUCAAGAUGAUUGUUCCGGCCAUAAUUGAGUCUCAAUCUCUUCCCGGCUUUGUCACAAACGAAACGAACAGAUUCCUCGGAAAGCUUUUGCCAUCCAAUAACAAUCCAGCCUUCAGCAUGGAUAACCUCCUUAGCCUUUUGAAUAAUGCGUACAAAGCCAUGAGGGCGUUCUAUCUCGAAGAUUCAAUUGUCAUUCAAACUGUCACAGAGCUUCUUCGUCUGGUUGGUGUCACAGCCUUCAAUGAUCUUCUAAUGAGACGGAAUUUUCUUUCUUGGAAGCGAGGUCUCCAGAUAAAUUAUAACAUAACCCGCAUUGAGGAAUGGUGCAAGAGUCACGACAUGCCAGAAGGAACUUUGCAACUGGAGCAUCUAAUGCAAGCAACUAAGCUUCUUCAAUUGAAGAAGGCUACACUAAACGAUAUUGAGAUUAUUCAAGACAUAUGUUGGAUGCUCUCUCCGAACCAGAUCCAAAAACUUCUAAACCAAUACCUUGUGGCCGACUACGAACAGCCCAUCAAUGGCGAGAUUAUGAAAGCCGUAGCUUCCCGUGUUACAGAGAAAAGUGACGUGCUCCUUCUUACUCCUGUGGAUAUGGAAGAUAGUGGGCCGUACGAAAUCGCCGAGCCCCGGGUUAUCACUGCUUUAGAAACAUACACCCCAUCUUGGCUCCAAACACCACGUCUGAAACGGCUCGCUGAAAUCGUUUCAGCGCAGGCAAUGGCUCAACAAGACAAGUCGGAGAAUCCUGAAAAUGGUGCGAUUCCUGCUGAAUAG